AGAUUGUAUCGUCUUUACACUGAUAGUGUUGAUCAUUGGUGAUGGCGUGUUGAAUGUCAAAGACUCCUGGCAGAAGACCAAAUGCUUACCCUAAAGCAAAUGUUGUAAGGCUUCUGUCUAAGUAAUGGAAAUUGGCCCUGACGGGAAACCCUGCAGAGCUUGUGUAAGUGUUGAGGAUUUGAUGAAACGUGCCAGAGAUAUUGCAAAUAAGAAAGCAAGCCAAGAAGGCUCCAACUCCGCACCAGCGGAUCCAUCUCCUUCUUCUGCCUCUUCUUCCCAUGAUCUCAAACAAUGCCCCAUAGAUAAAAACGAGCUUGGUCGCUCAACGUGGAAUCUUCUUCAUACUAUGAGCGUGUAUUACCCGGAAAAACCCAAUGAGGAUCAGAAGAAAACAGUAUUCCAGUUUCUGGAUAGCUUAUCCAAGACAUUCCCGUGCGACUUCUGUGCGAGAGAUUUGAGAAAGGAUCUGAAAAAGGAUCCUCCAAAAUUGGACAGCCGCGAAGAAUUUGCUUUAUGGAUGUGUCAGUUGCAUAACAGGGUGAACAAAAAAAUCGGGAAAGAUGAAUUUGAUUGCUCGAAAGUUUUUGAAAGGUGGAAAGACGGUUGGAAAGAUGGAUCAUGCGAUUAUUAGUCAAUCUCACGAAGUGCCUCUAUUUUGUUACUUGUCAUUCGUUAUUCUUGUCAUAUUGUUAUAGGAAAGAUAAAUAGUUCUAUCAGAGUUGCUGCAAUGCAUAUUCAGAUUGCAUACAUGAC